AUGGAUGUCUGUGUAAGAUUAAGUAUACUUCAGAUUUUUUCAAGUAAGUGUGAAGCGGGACGGGAACGUGUUGAUAAAAAUGUGCUGUGUGGACUUACGCUUGAAGAAAUUCUAGCAGAACUAGAGAACCAUCAAGAGAGUGACGAUGAAGAUGUAGAAUUGGCGAUUAUUCCACCCGAUGCAGAUGUAAUUACAGAUGAAGAAGACAUUGGCGAAAAUGUACUGAACAAUGAGUCUGUUGUACAAGAUGUAGCCAGUACGUUAGAGCUCAUAACCAGCCGAGAUGAAGCUAAUGCUACAGUUGUACCUCCAGAAGCCAAAAGAAUGAAAUGGAGCAGAAAGUGUGGUUAUCAUAAGCUUCGCCAUGAGAACGUGUACUGGGAACAGGCUCCUGAUGUCGGUGUUCCUUUAGUCUUCAACUCCAUGUCAAGAAAUAGGUUUCGGGAAAUAAAGAGAUUCAUUCAUCUCAAAGACAACUCCAAAAUAUGCAAAAACGACAAGAUGUACAAACUGAGGUUGUACUUUGAAAUGAUGAAAGGAAUUUGGUAA